AUUUUUCAAAUUUUACCUAUAAAUCAAAUAAUUUUAUCAACUUUGUUAAUUUUUGUUUUUAUAAUAAUUUUAUCAACUACAUUUUUUGAAUUUUUAUUUAGAAAUAAAGAUGUAAAAAAUAAUAAAAGAAAGAACAUUAUAAAAAUGAGACUAUUUUUAUCAUUUGAUCCGAAAU